AUUAUUUAUAUAUAUAAAAAAAAUGUUGAAAUAAGAAAUGAAAUUUGUUUGGGUAUUUUGGUCCAAUAAACCAUCCCUAAUUCAUUAGCUUCAAGCAAAGAACCGUAGCGCGCGAAACGCCCAAAUUAAUUUCGAUCUUCUGUCACACACACUCAGCACACACUAAAUGUGAAAAUGGAGGUCUCGAGUCUACCGAUUUCUGCGUCGCAGAGAGCAAAAUUGUUAUCUGCUGGCUACACUUCUCUCUCCUCCCUCUCCUCCGUCUCCCCUUCCCGUUUAGCUCAAGAUUUGAAGAUCUCUGAAAAUGAGGCGGCGGAGAUUUUGAAAAUCGCGUCGAGAAGGAGUGGGUUAGAGAAAAUUGAGACCGGAAGUCAUCCGAUUAUGAAUGGAGCACAGACAGCAUGGGAAAUGCUACACGAGGAGGAAUCUUCUAUAUGCAUAACCACGUCUUGCUCGGAUUUAGACGAAAUUCUAGGUGGAGGAAUUCGCUGUAAAGAAGUUACCGAGAUUGGUGGAGUGCCAGGCAUCGGUAAAACGCAGCUCGGGAUUCAACUCGCAGUAAAUGUCCAAAUACCAGCCGAUUAUGGUGGCGUUGGAGGAAAAGCAAUUUAUAUAGAUACAGAGGGCAGUUUUAUGGUGGAGCGUGCUUUACAAAUCGCUGAGGCGUGUUAUGAGGACAUGGUAGAAUAUAAUAGCUUGCUACGGAAGGAUUCUGUAGCCGCCUACCAAGUAGAUAAACAGCCGAAGGAUUUUCUCGAGAAUAUAUUCUACUUCCGCGUGUGCACUUAUACAGAGCAAAUUGCAGUGAUAAAUUACUUGGAGAAGUUCGUCUCUGAGCAUAAAGAUAUUAAGGUUGUCGUUAUCGAUAGCAUCACUUUCCACUUCCGUCAAGAUUUCGAGGACAUGGCUCUCAGGACUCGAUUACUUUCUGGAAUGGCAUUAAAACUGAUGAAACUUGCAAAGAAGUUCAAUUUGGCAGUAGUUCUAUUGAAUCAAGUAACAACAAAGUACAACGAAGGUUCAUUUCAGCUAACUCUUGCUCUUGGUGACAGCUGGGCACAUGCUUCUACGAACCGGAUUAUACUGUAUUGGAAUGGCAAUGAGAGGUAUGCAUAUAUUGACAAGUCACCCUCUUUGAGAUCAGCUUCUGCUCCAUACGCCGUCACAGGUAGAGGUAUUAGAAAUUCAGCUUCAAACAGUAAGAGAGUUAAAUUAAUGUAGGCCACUUUUUUUUGCCGUUUUUCUCUUUGCAGUUUCUUUAAAUCCUUAAACACAAUGAAUUAUGAUUAAAAACUCGAAUACCUCGUAAUUUAAAAGAUGAAUCUGAUCGAUCAAAAUACAUUUUAGAAAUAUCAGUGGGGGAACCAAGAUUUUGUCUUUACGGGAGCCAAAUAUACAGUAAAAGUUCUCC